AUGGACCUCCCAUCUACGUCCUCUCAACUUCAAUGUCUGGCUGGGAGUACACCAUCGCAAUACCGACAGCAGAAACAACGCUUCCCGCAACGACAGCCCGCGCAACAUCCUCUACGACCGCCGCCCACCAACGACAACACGAACACCAUCACAAACAACCACUUGCUCCAACAGCAGCAGCAGCAGCAGAUCCAACUGAUGAACGGUGGAGGCGCCAUGCAGGCCAAUGGAGCCGGUCCUGCGCCUGGUGCCAUGCAGAUCGGCCCUGCGCCCGCCGGCCACCAGGCCGAGCUGAACAUCAUAUACGGCAUGGUGGAGGAGCUGUCGCGCCAGCUGUCCGAGAACAGACGGGUCACCGAGGACAUCGUGUCGGGCCUGGGAAGGGUACGCAACCGAGCACGCGAGAGAGGCCUGGGCAAUGAUGACGUGCUUGGAGAGGCUGCCGACGAGCUGUUCGCCCAAGAACCCAACCUCGAAGCCAUGCUCUCCAUCUUGUCCGAAUCACUCGACCGCGCCAAACUGUCCCGAGACGCCAACUUCUCCCUGAUCGCCAGCUACGCCAAGGUCUUUGAGAGCAUCAUCAUGCAGUUCCACGCCUACAAACAGAAGCACAUCGCCGACGUCUCCGCCUGGCACCGCUCCUACCGAUCCCAGCUGGCCGAGGCCCGUGCCGAGAACUCCCGCCUGCGCGAGCAGAUGUGGGAUGUGCAGGAACAUGCGAGCCAUGCAAAUCAGACCCUGCGCGAAUUCCGCAAGAAGUACGACGAGAACGAGGCGCGCUGGCAGAAACGGGUCGACGAGAAGGCCAGGAAGCAGGAGCUGCGGUUCUGGAAGCGCAUGGCCAUGCCCGAGCUCGCCGAUACCGAGGAGGGAUAUUGGAGCGACGAUGACGACCUCGUCGAUCCCGUCGAGAAGGAGAGGCUGAAGGAGGUCGAGCGCAAGGUAGCCGAACAAGCUCUGGCUGGUGUGGGUAGUGCCAGCAGUCAGCAGAGCGAGGAUUCCGAGGGCGACGGCGUCGAACCGCAUUCUCUUUCCGGCAUAGUGGGCGGUGUCGCCAUGGAGCGCGACGGAAGCAGUAUGUCGGUCAUGCCGGUACCCCCGCCGCGACCAGCCACCGACGGCGCGGCCAGCACUAGACGCUGGCGGCCUGGUAAACUGAGGGUUCCCCAGUGA